AUGUUCUCAAAUGUGGCAAAGAUCUAUAUUUGGAAGGUGUGUCAUGAUAUACUACCGUCUCUUGACCGGUUAGUUUCAAAAUGUGUAGUGUUGGAGUCACAGCUGUGCAUCUUGUGUGGAGUUUCUGUUGAGUUAACCCUUCAUAUAUGUCGUGAUUGUCCUUACAAGAAACAAGUCUUACAGAAUCAUGGGGUGUUGAGACAGGUUUGUUACCACCCUCAAGCUGAGAAUCUUGAGUUGCUACCUUGGUUGAAUUACUGUGUUAAGAGUUUAGCUCUAAAGGAUUGUGGUGAAUUGGUUUACUUUCUUUGGAGCAUUUGGAGAGAGAGGAAUAGCAGAGUUUACGAAGGGAAGAGUAGUCAAGCCUGUGAUGUGGAAUUGAGGGUUGUGUCUCGCAUACAAGAUUUAUGUGUGCUUAACUCUAAGUCUCAAAAUAGUACUAGUCGAAGGCGACGAGUUCUGAAAUGGAUAGCUCCUAUAGUGGGUCUUGUGAAGAUUAAUGUAGAUGGUUUAUUUCAUCAUGCUACAAGGAAGGGAGGGUUUGGUUAUGUGAUUAGGGAUUUUAGCGGUGCCAUGCUUGCUGGCUGGGCAGGCCCCUUGAGUGGUCUAAUUUUCGUUGAACAUGUUGAGGUUCUAGCAUGCCAAUGUGCAAUGCUUUUUGCUAUUGAGCAAGGUUUUAUACCAGCUGUUUUGGAAAUAGAUGCACAAGAGGUGCAAUGA